AUGGCUUUCCGGGCACGGUCACUGGCUCUAUUUCGCUGGGGCCAUGGUUCUCGCUCGAGGGUGCUGUGCAAUACACGUGGUUUAGCUACUGUCUCUGAUGGCGCUCGACCUUACGAUGUCGUCGUUAUUGGAGGUGGUCAUGCUGGCUCCGAAGCCUGUGCCGCAGCCGCUCGCUCCGGAGCUCGAACCGCAUUGGUCACGCCUUCGCUUUCUAACAUUGGAGUUUGCUCCUGCAAUCCAAGUUUUGGAGGAAUUGGAAAGGGCACAAUGAUUCGUGAAGUUGAUGCAAUGGAUGGAGUCGCAGGCCGAAUUAUCGACAAGGCCGGUAUCAUGUUCCGGAUGCUCAACCGGUCCAAAGGUCCCGCCGUUUGGGGACCUCGCGCCCAAAUCGAUCGCGAUUUAUAUAAAAAUUAUAUGCAAGAUGAACUGCUCGGGACGGAAGGGUUGAAUAUCGUGGAGGGCAAGGUUGCGGAUAUCGUGGUUUCCAAAGAGGGCGUGGAGGAUAUCCCAGGGGCUCAAGGCAAGAUUGUUGGUGUCAGACUAGAAUCAGGGGAGGUCAUACCCACUGGCCGAGUUGUGAUUACGACAGGAACAUUUUUGGGCGGUGAGAUCCACAUUGGUCUUGAUGUUUUCCCUUCAGGUCGUAUGGGUGAGGCUGCUACAUUUGGACUGAGCAAGUCCCUGCGUGAGGCUGGCUUCCAGCUUGGUCGCCUGAAGACAGGUACCCCUCCUCGCUUGGAUAUGAAGACGAUCGACUUCAAGGCUCUGGAAGUCCAGAAGGGUGACUCUCCUCCCCAGCCGUUCUCCUACCUCAACACCACAGUUCAGGUGGGCGACGAAGGCCAACUCACAUGCUGGAUGACCCACACUAAUGAGUCGUCCCAUGAAAUCAUCCGUGCCAACCUGGACAAGUCGGUUCAUAUUCGCGAAACAGUCAGGGGACCCAGAUACUGUCCCUCUCUGGAAUCAAAGAUCAUCCGUUUCACAGAUAAGCAACGGCACCAAAUUUGGUUGGAACCGGAGGGAUUUGCACCCAACGAAGUCGUCUAUCCCAAUGGCAUUUCUAUGACUGUCCCUGCUGAUGCGCAAUAUGCCAUGUUGCGGACUGUUCAGGGUCUUGAAAAUGUAACCAUGCUUCAACCAGGCUAUGGAGUGGAGUAUGACUAUAUCGAUCCUCGAAAUCUCAGACCAACGUUGGAAACCAAAUUGAUCAGCGGUCUUUACCUUGCCGGGCAAAUCAACGGUACUACCGGGUACGAAGAAGCGGCAGGACAAGGUAUCAUCGCGGGUGCCAACGCCGGGUUGGCCGCGCAGAGUCGGCCACCACUCACCCUCACUCGCUCAGACGGAUUUAUCGGCAUCAUGAUUGACGACCUCCUCACCAAGGGUGUGUCUGAGCCGUACCGUAUGUUUACGACACGCAGCGAAUACCGCAUCUCCACCCGAUCAGACAACGCGGACUUGCGUCUCACACGCAUGGCCCGCGAUGCAGGCGUCGUCACAGACAAGAGAUGGCGUCACUUCACUGAUACAGAAGAACAAAUUCAGAAACUGCAGACCCUUCUCGCAAACACCAGACUAUCUUCAAGCGCCUGGUCACGUAAAGGGUUCAAAACGCGCACAGAUACUUCUGUUCGUUCAGCCCUUGACCUACUCUGUCUCGACGGGGUCAACAUCGAUUCUUUGAUCCCUCAUAUUGAAGCUGCGCCAGGAUCCGCAUACACUGCGUCCUCUUUUGCACCCGAAAUACGAACACGUGUUGGGAUUGAAGGCCGGUACGCGCCGUACGUUAAACGCCAGGAUACAAUGGCGAAGAAGUUCCAGCAAGAUGAGAGUCUGCUACUCCCGGCUGAUCUGGAUUACGCAAAGAUUCAGGGUAUCAGUUACGAAGAGGUACAGGCACUUGAGCGGGUCCGGCCCGUCAGCGUUGGUAUGGCGAGGCGCAUUGAGGGCGUGACCCCAGCAGGUGCAUUGAGAUUACUUAUGCAUGUGCGAAAGAAUGUCGGAGGCAGCCGGGCGUCUCUUCCAUCGAAUAAUGUCGACGAAUCUUCGGAAGAGGUUUUGCGUUCAUCGCCUUGA